AUGAUGCCAAUGUAUCUCGAGAACAUGACCGACAGCGUUACGCGUGCCAUCUCGCACGUCAAAGACUGCCGCAGCCAGACUCCUACCAAUGGCUGGGACUAUUUCUCCGGCCGAUUCCUCUCCGCGCAAGGAAAACAGCGCUUCGCCCACCACGGGCCCGUCGAGAUCCUUUUCAACUACCUGGGGAUACAGCAACAGCUGGAAAAGGCCGACAGCCUGUUCCAACCGAUCCCACGAUCCGAAAGGAUGGUCUACGACGUUGGUGAAGAAGUGCCCCGGCAGGCGCUAUUUGAAAUCUCUGCCCAGAUCGAGCAGGGAGUCGCUCAGUUCACAUUCAACUUCAGUCGCCGCAUGGCGCACAGGGACCGGAUCUGCAGCUGGAUCCAGAGCUACCAGACGGCCCUGACGGAGGCGCUGCACCAACUGUCCCGCAUGGCUCCUCAGCCAACCCUGGUCGAUUUCCCUCUGCUGAAGUGGAGCUAUUCCGGCCUCGACCUGCUUGUUGAACAGCGGAUGCCCCUGCUCGGUGUGGCCGGUCUGGACGAGCUGGAAGACGUCUAUCCCGUCUCGCCGAUGCAGCAGGGUCUUCUCCUUACUCAGAGCCGUGGUGAAGGCGCCUACAAAGUGCAGUACGUCUUCGAGGUGUCAGGCAGCACACAGCAGGCUGUCGAUGGCGAACGCCUGUUGAGCGCCUGGGAGGUUCUUGUCGCUCGCCACCCGAUACUGCGGACCGUCUUCAUCGACAGCGUGUCCGACAACGGUGUGUACGACCAGAUUGUCUUGAAGCAACCCCGUAUCCGGUCGACCUUGCUUGAGGCGGCGAGCGAGCAGGCCGCCCUCGAGCUCCUACAAGCUGUCCCCUUGUUGGACUACGGGGAUCCAACCAAACCUCCUCACCAGCUGGCCAUCUGCCGCAUUGCAGACGGCACCAACAAGAUCGUCGGCAGGCUCGAGGCCAACCACGCCAUCUUUGACGCGGCCUCGCUUGGUGGAUUGCUUCGUGACUGGGACCUCGCAUACAACGGAAAGCUACACGGCACUGGCCCCCGGUACAGCUCCUACAUUGCCCACAUUCAGUCCAAGCCAGAGGAUGUGGCUUAUGGCUACUGGAAGGGUUACCUGGAUGGCCUGGAGCCUAGUAUCUUCCCUGUUGCGCGUGCAGUCAGCAACGCACCGAAGGAAAUACACCACGUCUCGAUCGACCUUGCAAGCUCCGCUGGGCGGCUGGGCGCCUUCUGUGACAGAUACGGAGUCUCCAUUGCCAACGUGUUCCAGCUGAUCUGGGCCAUGGUUCUCCGCUGCUACACAGGAUCCGAGGACGUCUGCUUUGGAUACCUGACUUCCGGCCGUGACGUCCCCCUUGAAGGUGUCGAGGACAUGGUGGGCCCGCUGAUCAACAUGCUCGUCUGCCGCAUGAACAACGUCGGAGCACAGCGGGGGAGCGAUGUCGCCCAGACGCUGCAGGUGGACUUUAUGGCUGCCCUGGAAUACCAGCACUGCUCGCUCGCGGAGAUCCAGCAUGCGCGCGGGCUUGGAGGCCGGUCGCUGUUCAACUCGGUCAUGACCAUCCAGCGCAGCUCGCAGCACCAGCCAGCAUCGCGAAAUGCCGCUGGACUCUCGUUCCGCACCCGAAGCGGUCAUGAUCCCAGCGAAUAUGAUCUGACAAUUGGGGCUGUCGCCUCCGAAGCCGCCCCACAGGCCACUCUGGGAUACUGGAGCACUGCGCUGUCUAAGUGGCAGGCUAACAACAUUGCCGCUACCUUUGCUACCCUGUUUCACUCACUCCUGGAGAGUCCUGAACAGAGUCUGGGCGAGCUGAGUCCUGUCGGUGCAGAGAGUAUGCUGCAGCUCGACCAAUGGACCGGUAGUGCUGCACCCCCAGCCAAGAUCGACCGGUGCAUGCACCAAGUCUUUGAAGAGCAGGCAGUCCGGCAGCCAGCCCGUCCAGCCAUCUGCGCCUGGGACGCCAGCUUCACAUACGAAGAGCUUGACCGGGUCUCCACGGAUCUGGCACACCACCUAGUCUCCCUUGGUGUGCAGGCAGAGACCAUGGUGCCCAUUUGCAUGGAAAAGUCUGCAUGGACUAUAGUCGCGAUGCUCGCAAUCCUUAAAGCUGGUGGUGCCUUUGUGCCCUUGGACCCGUCGCAUCCCCUUCAGCGGCGCCAGGGUAUCGUCGAGCAACUCAACUCCGACGUCGUCGUGGUCUCUCCUGAGACCCGCGAGAACCGUGGCUUGGGAGCGGAGAAGACGAUCGUCGAGGUGUCGCCCGCCCUGAUCGCCGGCCUUCCAUCCCCGCAACCUGAGACUGACUGGUCGAGCACACGGCGGCAACAGCAUGUAUCUCAUCUUCACCUCCGGCAGCACUGGGAAACCCAAGGGAGUCGUGAUUGA